GGGGCGGGGUGAUGUCAAUAACGUCACCCAUAUGCGCCGCAGCUGAGCUGGAGGACAGCGUGGGCUCGGUGGAGAGCGUGCUGGAACGAGAGAAGUGAAGGAACUACAACUGAUUUCUAUAUUGUAAUUUGAUCAAAAUGUUUUUGCACUAGAAGCUUGAACAUUCUUGCUUCUUAUGGAGGCGUUAUAAAUAACAAAUGGCUAAGGUUCUGUAAAACUUAACCACCAGUCUGAAACAUGGAGACGCAGCUAGACCCCACGAAGGAUGACUUGCCAUUAAUGGCCAACACUAGCCACAUGCUUGUAAAGCACUAUGUUUUGGACUUGGAUGUGGAUUUUAAAAGUCGAGUUAUAGAAGGAAUCAUAGUUUUAUUUUUGGAGACAGGGAGCAGAUACAGGAAAGCCAGUAGUACUGGUAAUAAAGGCUGCCAGUCACACCUUAAUGAAACCUGUAAAACUGGGACAUCAGAACCUUGCCAUGUUUCUGUGUCAAAUGCAAGUGUCUUCUCAUCUGAAGCAGAAUAUAGUGAUUUUGCUGUCUGUCGUAAAGGUGAAAAAGAUACUUCUGAUAAAAACGGUAACCAUAGCAACGAGAAGCAAACUUCUGGGAUUUCUAGUUCAAAGAAUUGCUGUGACAAAGAGAACCAUGGGAACAAGGAUUUUCUGCUGGUAUUGGACUGCUGCGAUUUAUCUGUGCUAAAGGUUGAGGAGGUAGAUAUUGCUGCUGUGUCAGGCAUUGAGAAAUUCACCAUGUCUGCUGAACUAACUGAUGUUUCAAAGGAGUUGGAAAAUCUCAGAAAUCAGAUUGUACAUGAACUUGUGGCUUUACCUUCGGAUCGCUGUCAGGAACAGCUACACUAUUUCACUUGCUGCAGCCAGGCACCUGGCUGUGGAGAGCUUGAGUUUACUACUAGUUGCUGGAGCUUGGAGAUAAGGAAACAGGGAGUUCAGACUCCAACAGACUUUCCUCAUGCUAUAAGAAUACGGUACAAAACCAAACCUGAGGGAAGAUCUGUUACAUGGACUACCGACCAGAGUGGCAGGCCAUGUGUUUAUACGAUGGGAUCACCGAUAAACAACAGAGCCCUUUUCCCGUGCCAAGAGCCACCCAUUGCCUCCUCAACGUGGCAAGCGUCAGUCCGAGCAUCGGCAGGCUUUGUUGUAUUGAUGAGUGGUGAAAACUCAGCAGAACCAGUCCAGCUUCAAGAAGGUAUCACGAGCUGGUACUACUAUGUAACUAUGCCAAUGCCAGCAUCCACCUUCACUAUUGCUGUAGGCUGCUGGCAGGAAGUCAAACAGCAGUGCUUCACGGCUGAUAUCCAGACAGAAGAUGAGUUUUCCAUGCCAUUUUCACAAGAUGAUUUCAGAUGGCAUAAAGAAAGCUGUGGUCAUGUGGAAUAUCCCUGCCGUUUCCAAAAUCCUGCUGCCACAUUGCAAAGAGUCAUUCCCUAUAGAGUCUUUGCUCCCUUGUGCCUCAUGGAACGCUGUGAAGAACAUUUACUUCAGCUUAUUCCUCAGUGCCUCUCAGCUGCUUACUCCACACUGGGCACCCAUCCCUUUUCCAGGCUUGAUGUUUUGAUAGUUCCUUCAAACUUUUCCAGCCUGGGAAUGGCUAGCCCACACAUCAUCUUCUUGUCACAGAGUGUAUUGCCUGGAGGGAGCCAUCUCUGUGGAACACGUCUGUGCCAUGAAAUUGCUCAUUCUUGGUUUGGAUUGGCCAUUGGUGCUCGUGAUUGGACUGAAGAGUGGAUAAGUGAAGGGUUUGCCACUUUUUUAGAAGAUGUAUUUUGGGCUAGGGCUCAACAGCUUUCAUGUGAUGAAGAAAAAGAGCAGCAGGAAUUGAAAGCUUUACUUCGCUGGCGACGACUCAGAGAUGAGGUGCAGAACUCUGAAGAAGAGCUGCAAGUUUUAAGGCCUCACAAGGAGAGUACGGGAGAAGUGAGUGAAUCUGGAGCAUCUUUUGUCAAACAUGGUCUUAAAGCAGAAAAAGUAUUCAUGCAAGUUCAUUAUUUGAAGGGUUAUUUCCUUUUGCGGUCUCUGGCAAGUACAUUAGGAGAGGCUUCAUACCUUGCAUCUUUACGAAAAUUCAUCCAUAAGUUCCACGGACAGCUUGUUCUUUCUCAGGAUUUUCUUUCUACGCUGCUGGAAGACAUACCUGAACAAAAAGAGUCUGAGUUAACUGUUGAAAGUAUCUCCCAGAAUUGGCUUGAUACUUCAGGCAUACCAAAGGCUCACAGUGAAAUUUAAACGCCAAAAUGAAGAUGUCUUGGGAAAGAUAGUUUUAAAAGGCUGACAAACCUAUUGGUCAAUAUAAAAAUCAGCAGUAAAAGUCAUGGUUCAACUAAUGGCUGUU